CUAUCUGUGCUGGAUCGCCAGGAACAAAAACCACGACCUACAGCGGGCCUUUGAGGACCGGGUUGGAGAACACUGGUGUACAUCGGAGAAUGCAAAACGUUUAGGUAACCAGGCACCCCAAGAAGCUUCAGUCAUGUCAGAUCUCUGUGUUGGAAUCAAUGGCUUUGGUCGUAUUGGCCGCCUUGUGUUGAGAGCCUGCCUUGAGAAAGGCAUCAGGGUUGUGGCCAUCAAUGACCCCUUCAUUGACCUGCAGUAUAUGGUCUAUAUGUUCAAGUAUGACUCCACCCACAACCGUUACCGUGGAGAAGUCUCUGCCGACAAUGGAAAGCUCAUCGUGGAUGGCCAGUCAAUCUUUGUUUACCAAUGUAUGAAGCCAUCUGAGAUCCCCUGGGGCAAGGCUGGCGCUAAGUACGUUGUGGAGUCAACCGGAGUCUUCCUCAAUGUGGAGAAGGCUUCUGCUCACAUAUCUGGUGGGGCUCACCGUGUGGUAGUUUCAGCUCCAUCACCCGAUGCUCCCAUGUUUGUCAUGGGUGUCAAUGAGGACCAAUAUGACCCCUCCACCAUGAAGAUUGUCAGCAAUGCCUCCUGCACCACCAAUUGCCUGGCUCCCUUGGCCAAGGUCAUCAAUGAUAACUUUGGCAUUGACGAGGGUCUCAUGACUACAGUCCAUGCAUACACAGCCACCCAGAAGACAGUGGAUGGCCCCAGUGCCAAGGCCUGGCGUGAUGGCCGUGGGGCUCACCAGAACAUCAUUCCGGCCUCAACUGGUGCUGCCAAGGCCGUUGGCAAAGUCAUUCCCGAACUUAACGGUAAGCUGACAGGCAUGGCAUUCAGGGUGCCUGUGGCUGAUGUGUCGGUGGUGGACCUGACAUGUCGCCUGUCCAAGCCUGCAUCUUAUGCAGAGAUUAAGGAAGCUGUCAAGAAGGCUGCUCAUGGGCCCAUGAAGGGGGUGCUUGGUUACACAGAGGAUCAGGUUGUGUCCUCCGACUUCAUUGGCGAUACCCACUCGUCCAUCUUUGAUGCUGGUGCUGGCAUCUCCCUCAAUGACAACUUUGUGAAGCUCAUCUCCUGGUAUGAUAAUGAGUAUGGCUACAGCCACCGUGUUGCUGACCUGCUGUUAUACAUGCAUUCCAAGGAGUAGACACUUCCUGUGCUGAUAGCACAUCCAGAAAGGGACCACGAAAACAUGCUUUUAUCCCUUUUCUCUUUUACACAGAGGCUCCACUGAUAACCCUGUCACGGGAUCACAUUUCCUUAGCUCUUAUGUACAAGUAGAACGCAGCAACUAUGUGUUAAGUGUUCUGAUUUAAUCUAGUCUUUUCCUUUAAUAAUGUCAUGACUGGCCGGUGACAGUAUUUGUGUCUGUGUGUCCUUGCCCUCUUCACCUCCCAUUGCUGCAGUAGAUGUGUUGUUAUGGCUCAGUGCUGUCGUUAACUGCUGUAUCCAUUUCCAUGUUGGUGUUUUGAAAGCUUAUUUGCCAGUGGAAGGCGAUGGGGCUGAGUGACUGUAACUCCUCUAAAGAGUAAUGAGACAAAAAAAUAAAACUUGAACCCCUUAAA